AAAUGUUGAAUAUCGAAUUAUUGUUAAACGAAGGGGACCGUUAUCCGUAUGUAGGUCUACUAACUAUUCCUCCAUGUGAAGAAACACUUGUCGUCAUUGAGUUUUGUUAAUGUAUUGCCACAAUGCUUCCAAGCAGUCACAGACUUCUACUACGACUGAACAGACUCUGUGCUGUAUUUGGUCGCAGAUUUUGUGAUCAAACUGCAGAAUGCCCAGAGUAUUUGGAAAGAUGGGAACUAAAAGAAGAAAUAUGCAAACUGACUGAAAGAUCAGCAAAGUUAAUCAGAUCCUGCAUAGAGAAGAAUCGAAGAUACAAGAAUAGUAUAGUGAUGGAGACCUAUGGCAGUGAAGAGAUUUUUCUUCAUACUAAGAAAAAAUUAGAUUUGGCUUGCCUGACACAAGAUGCAACCAAACAGGAUCUGUACAGAAAAAUGAACCAUACAAAGAACAAAGUGAAAACAGAUAUUCCAUUGGCAGUUUAUGAGUAUUAUAAGAAUGCGAUGGGGAUAAAACAGCUGAGGAAAUCUGAUUCACUGAUGAUAGUUGGGAUUGCUGACAGGAUAUCAAUAAAGCCUUUACCCCGACUUCUCUUGCAACAAACUGGGAUGCCAAUUUUAAAGAAAUUGGAGCUGUUCCUGCUAAUGGCACCAGAUGAUGUGAUUAAAAUAAUGAAAAGAAAACAUGUCCAAGAGUAUCAAGUGAUGUUACAGAGUUUUUUUGAAAUAAAAUGUUUGAUGAGGAUACAAGCUGCAUCCAUCAUUCCUAAAAUGAAGCCUUUUCGUAAGGCUGCCGACAGUGCAUUAAAACAGGAAAAAAUUAGAAUCCAGGAUAGAUAUGUUAAUGCUGGCUCAAGAGAUCAUGUUUACUUGAUGCACUUAGUGAUUGAUGAGGUUUUUGGAUUAGAGGAAUUCUUUUUUGAAUUUCGAGCUUUUUUGGACAUUUUUCGAUCUCAGAAUAAGUAUUUGAUAAGGACACUUGAGAAUUAUUUCCCAGGGUCAGGGUUGCCAUUGCUUGAGGCAGACUAUACCAUGGUACAAAAAGUAAAAGACCUUACCUCAGAGCAGUUCUUGGAGAUCUUUAUGCUGGUCAGAAAAAUGGAAAACUACAAAGAUCUGUCCUUGAUGUUAUAUCAGUGAUGAGUUUUCGUGUCAAUGGUUGCGUCACCACAGCACUGAUCAGUCUCCUUUGAGAUACCCACUGGAACACCAUUACAGCAGCGAUGUGUUCUGGGAUUGAAUCCUGUGAAUCAGAACGUUUGGUCCUAUAUCAAAAUCCAUCAACGAAAGUCGCAGAACCAUUUAAAAGAAGAAAACAAAAUACCAUAAAUGUCAUUCACUGCCUUUUGCCUUUCUUCAGAAGUGACCUUAUUGAUCUAAAAGACCUUUGGUAUUUGGCUUCCAAUAAUAAGACAACUACUGCAAAUGUUACAGAAGGUUAUAAGUGAGAAAAUGAUCUGAAUUGGACAUUUGUAAGAUAUGGACCUCAUGCUUCCUUCCCUGUAACACAGGACAGAUAGGGGAAAUUUGAAGAUACUCACCAUCACGAUGUGAUCCACAACACUGCAUGUUGAUUGCAAUGGUGUGAGUGUUACCGCAACACUGGUGUGUAUUCCUGUUAAAGAUUUCGUCUCCACAACAGGAAUGGGAGGAAACCUGUGACACAUUACGAUGUGCCUGUCCAUUACAACACAAGUCUUGGCGAUCAUCAAUCUUGGUAUCUCCACAGGAUCUACUAAACUUGAGCGUUUUUCCUAAUCUGUUUGUUUCCUUAUUUAUGAUACAAUCAUGAGUAUUCUUGUUGAUGUAAUCUUUUUGACAGCAUAUUUUGUUAUUGUCUUUAGUAUAAAGCCUAACCUUAAACAUCCCAUCUGUGCAGCAGACUUGGGUUGUGCUGUCGUAUUUCUCAUUUCCACAGCAUGUGUCAUUUUCCCCUGAAAACAUUCAAAAAUCACAAUUGAAAAAGCCUGUGUUUGAUAAAAUGUUGGAAGCCUUAGAUUUAUUCAAAGUGAAUUCUACAGUUGUAGUAUGAUGCAAAUAUUAACAUUCUACCGCACUUGUUUUUGUUUAUGAACUCCAACACCCUAAACAGUUCUAUCACACUUUCUUCCAUUUAUUUAGCGCGGAGUCAUACAACAAUAUUACAAUACUGCUGCUGUCGUGAGUCCCACUUAAAUGUUUAUGCCCCUUAAGUGAUAUCGCCAAUUCAAUUCACUGUAAUGAAAAGGUGAUAUCAUCUAAUCAUUUUAGCAGAGUAAAGUGGAAUAAAAAGUAAAAUCACUUCCCAUGUCCUGUCGGGAAAAUAUCAGGACAAAUUAGUUCUUGUUGAGGAUUUCUUAUACAAAUGUCAUCAUAUGUAAAGGAAAAAUAUGUUUUUAACAGUGUAGUUAGUUGUGGAAUGUGAAAGUGUAACCAUGUCAUCAUCAUCAUUUACAUCAUCAUCAUCAUCUACCUUAUCAAUAUCGUAAUCAUCAUUCCUCAUUUUCAUCAGUUACAAUGAACAUGAUGACAUUCAUCAGAACCUUUAUGAUUUAUCACCACAAUCUCAUCAUAAUGCAUUUUAAUCACUUAACAAAUGAGAGAUAUCAAAUUAAAUUACAUAUAUAAGGAUGCUGACUUAUACAGAUACAAAGCCACCUGCACAACUAAUCAUCAUUUAAGAAAUAUGAAAAGUGAUUUGUAGCGGAUUAACUAUUUAAUGCAAUGUCAAUCAUUGUUAAAUUAGUUUAAUUGGAAAAAAAAAAUAGGAGAAGCUGCCCCAGAUAACUGAAUUCAAAGAUUAACAUUGAAUUGCCUUUUUGAGUUUGGGUAUAUUUAAGAUGUAGACACAGCAUUAUCAGGAUAAAGUUUUCAUUAACUUAAAGAUUAUCAGGUUUUAUCACUUACCAAUAAGAGAGGUAAACAGAUUGGCGUUUGCAUGGUUUUCGUGUGGUUGAGGAACACAGCAAAGCUGUCCCCUUACCCUGGGGUAUGGUUUAGUUCCACAGCAUCCUUGUUCUUGGCCCAGAGAGUCUCUGCGAGGGAACUUGCCUCCUAAACAGCAGAUGUGUUCCUCAGGGUUAUAUACCUGCGGUAUACCUGUAAGAAGUAUAAUUAGUACAGCCAUGUGUCUAGUGAUAACCUUUCUCAUCGUUGUUAUUGUUUGUUUCAAUUAAACGUUUUAUGAAAA